AUGUACCUUCAACGCUUUAAAUCAUCAUUUUCUUCCUUAAAAUGCUCGAACAUAUACUUAAGACAAGGAUUAUUAAGAUUUAAUUUCCAUACAAUAAAUUCUACAUUAUGGAUUUCGAAAGAAAUGGGAAACAAGAAUGAAGAAAAAAAAACUUUGGGACCAAAUAAAGAAACAAAAGAACGAUUAUAUAGUUAUGGAGGAUAUAUUAUGAGUUGUCUUCCAAAAUUUGUUCAGCAGUUUUCUGUAUGGAAGGAUGAAUUGGUUAUUUAUACAUCAAUUAAAGGAUUGCUUCCAAUUAUGUAUUUUUUACGUGAUCAUACAAGUUGUCAAUUUAAAAGUGUUAUGGAUAUUGCAGGAGUGGAUUAUCCUGAACGGGAAAACCGAUUUGAAAUUGUUUAUAAUAUGUUGAGCGUUCGAUAUAAUGCACGGAUUCGAGUAAAAGUUUAUGCAGAUGAAACAACUCACGUACCUAGUAUAGUUGAAUUAUUUCAGGGAGCUAAUUGGUAUGAACGAGAGGCGUAUGAUAUGUAUGGGAUUUUCUUUGUUAAUCAUCCUGAUCUUCGAAGAAUUUUGACGGAUUAUGGGUUUGAAGGUCAUCCACUUCGAAAGGAUUUUCCUUUAACAGGAUAUACGGAAAUUCGAUACGAUGAAGAUAAGAAAAGAAUAGUAGUUGAACCGCUUGAAAUGACACAAGCCUAUAGAGAUUUUAGUGGAGGAACAAGUGCAUGGGAUCAAGUUGGAGAUGGUGUAGAUGAUAGGCCAGAUAAAUUUAAAGUAUCAACUUCAAAAUCAGAAAAUUCCUCUUGA